AUGACUAACUCAACCACAAAAUUCUUACUAUUACUACUACUCCCUACUUUUCUUCUAAUAAUCUUCUUCUACUCAUAUUUUUUCAACCAAAACAACUUCAACUUCAAUCCUACUUUGAAUAAGCUUUUGAAACCGCCAUCGAAUCCAUCCAUAAACAUUAGUAAUCAACUUGAUAAUAAUAAUCAUGUUCGUCUUCGCCAUAACAUCUCAUUUUUUACCUUGCUAAAAAAGAAGCUUGAGAAGAAGGAGAAGAAGAAGAAGAAGAAGAAAAAGAGCAAUUUGGAGAAACUUGAGGAAGGGUUAGCUCGAGCUCGGGCUGCAAUCCGAGAAGCAGCCAGAACCCGGAAUUAUACGUUGAAGGAAGAAGUUACAACCUUUAUUCCAAGAGGUUCCGUUUAUAGGAAUCCACAUGCUUUUCAUCAGAGUCACAUAGAGAUGAUAAAAAGAUUAAAAAUAUGGACCUAUAAAGAAGGGGAGCAACCCUUGGUACAUCAUGGACCUUUGAGCAACAUCUAUGGUGUCGAAGGCCAAUUCAUCGAAGAAAUGGAGGGUAAGACGACGAGCAAUAAGUUCAUGGCUCGUCACCCCGAUGAGGCGCACAUCUUCUUUCUUCCUUUUAGCGUAGCCAAGACGGUGCAAUUCCUUUACCGGCCCCUCGUCUCCUACAACCGUGGACCUCUACAUAGGGUGGCGUUGGACUAUGUCAAUGUGGUGGCUAUGAAGUAUCCUUAUUGGAAUGCAAGUCAUGGGGCUGACCAUUUCAUGGUAUCUUGCCAUGAUUGGGCACCAGAUAUAUCUGAUGCAGAUCCAAAAUUGUUCAAAAAUCUUAUAAGAGCACUUUGUAAUGCUAAUUCAUCAGAAGGGUUUCAACCGAUGAGAGACGUCUCCAUCCCGGAAAUUAAAAUCCCAGUCGGAAAGUUAUGUCCUCCGAGCUUAGGGUUGCGAAUUAGUAAGCGUCAAAUAUUUGCAUUUUUCGCCGGUGGUAACCAUGGUCAUGUAAGGACAUACUUAUUUGAGCAUUGGAAGGAAAAGAAGGAUGAGGACAUUCAAGUUUACGAGUAUCUUCCCAAAAACUUAAACUACUUUCAAAUGUUAGGGCAAAGCAAGUUUUGCUUGUGCCCUAGUGGUUACGAAGUGGCAAGUCCAAGGAUAGUUGAAGCUAUCCACGCUGAAUGUGUACCGGUGAUCAUCAAAGAUAAUUACUCUUUCCCAUUUAAUGAUGUUCUUGAUUGGAGUGAGUUCUCAAUUCAUAUUCCGGUGGCGAAGAUACCUGAGAUUAAGACAAUAUUGAAAGGGAUUUCCUUCAAAGAUUAUUUGAAAUUGGUUAAAGGGGUGAGGAGUGUAAAGUGGCACUUUACAUUGAAUAGGCCUUCUAAACCAUUUGAUUUAAUUCAUAUGAUGUUGCAUUCUAUAUGGUUAAGGAGGCUUGAUAUAAUAUUACCAUAUCAAUAA